UGACCACACAGACAGACAGGAGCAGAAUACCUUAUCCUUGUUUGUCAUUUAACAUUGUCCCUGAACUUAAUAAUCCGAUAAUAAUUGGCCUGAAGGUAGAUCUUGGUUCCAGGAUUUAAAUGCUGACACGUCACAAUUUUGUGUCAUCUGUACAUAAUCAGGAGCAUUUUAUAUUCAUUGCAAAAUAUAAGUCUUUGCCGAGUUAUCAGUGUCAGGGUGAUAUUAUGGAAGAUACCUAGUGAGCAACUCUGGACUUGGCAACAGAUGAUCGAUCUUUUCAGUUUUAACCUAUAAACUGUUAUGAAGGAAUCUCGUAAUUAUCAGCCUAGGGAUUCCCACCUCGAUUUGACGCGUCAAUAUUGAAACGUGUCAGUCAGCGUAUGAAGAACGUUAUACUUAGUUGAAAUCAAAGCACAUAUGAACUUUAUGCUAGUUUUGAGUUAAACACACCUGCUUGCCAGUAUAAAGGGUGUAACCAAUUUUCUGUCAAGACUUUACAAUGUCUACAAUACUUGGGAAUUGUGAGGAAUGUGGCUGUGCGUGCCGUCACUGCGGGGAUUCUGCGAAUCUCCAUCUCCAUGUGGAGAUUGAAAACUUGAAACAACGGCUCUUAGAGCGAGAACAUCAUAUCGUCAAGAUGGAGACAAACUUUCUGAAGGAGGCUGAUAAGUUUCCAAAUGGAGAAAUGGCGGCCCUCACCGAUGAACUACUCACUUGGCAGGACAAAUACUCGAGGUUGUAUGAGGCACACAAGCGAGUGCAAAAGGUGAAUCAAAAUCUGGAGGACAAGCUGCUUCGUAUAGUGGACAAGUGUGAAACAGAGAAGAACAGUCUGACAGGCGAGGUGGCGUCCCUCACCAGGCGACUUGUGGAUGAGAAGUUCAACAUUUCCAGGCUACAAGAGGAGAACGAGAGGUAUCGGAAUGACGUGAAUCUAGCGAUUCAACUGCUUCAAUGCAAGCCCUCUAACUUUGUCUCACAGAAGUAUGAUUCGCUUCCUCACGACAUGCAGCAGAAGGUAAGGAGCUACGUAAGUAGCAAGCGUCGGAUACCUGACGGUAACGGAAACAUUCAGAGCAAGACUGAGAUGAAGACCAUCAAAGUGCCCAUCCCCACCUUUCCUCCUACUGCCAUGGUCUACUCUGUGAACAAGAGUCCGUCAGGCUUGGAGAAAGAGCAACCGGAUGAGAAGCACUGCAAGCAAGGUACCCUGGAUAUUGUUUCCGCUGCUAUCAUGGCUAAGGUGCUGGAGGAGAGGGAGAAGGAGCGUGCGCAGACACGACAUUGUGAGAGUUGUACGUGUCCCAUAAUAGGUGUGACGCAACAUGUUUCAACGCAGACUAUCGCAGUGGAGACAUGUGACAAGUGUCUGAACACAGGGACGGGACAGAGUAAGGAGGAACAAGGGCUGGUGGGCCGGAGUUCGAGUCCCAUGUCGGUGCGAGGGAAAGCCCCGGACAAGCCCUGUGACUUUACAACACUUGCGGCCGAGCGCCUGGGACGGAGAGGGUGGGAAAGAGCAGAGAAGGACAGCUGUGUGCGCGAGGGUGUUCUAGUAAAUCUGGACACAAGUGAUGAGAGUGAGCCGGACAGACCGCGAGGUCCAAGGCACUGUUCUGUGCGCCUACAGGCGGGCAGCAGUAACAUCCUCCUGGACAAUGUGGUGAACUCUUCAUACACUCCUGUACUGUACAAGAGUCGCCCGGAUGCUCUAGUACACUCCCCUCGCUCUCGCUCUGGGUCUAGCAACUCGUCAACCGAAGAGAGACCUCUACGUACAGAAACGCAGAUAUAACAAUUCCGUUGUCACAUACAACAUUUUAUUGAACGUUCUGUUAAGAUGCCCUACUCACAGAGUGAGAAUCUUGUUUUUUAAUGAGCAUCAAUUUGUAAAAAAACAGGUGUUGUGAUUAGUGGGUAGUUUUUAUUUUAAAACGACUGCCAUUCAAAGGUUCAAAGUGUUCCUCUGCUAUUCAACCUAUGAGUUAUGUUUUACAAGAGCUGUUCAGCAAGUGAAGUAUAUUCAGUGUUGUCGUGAAAUAAAAUUAAGAUAUAAAUUUCAAUGCAACAUUUUUAAUUUUGAUUUAUAAAUACUAAUAAAUGUAAUCACCUUACAAAUUAAGACACUUUGUGUAGCUAAACUUUUGCAAAUUUCCUAGCAAAACCAUAACUGCCACUAUAUUUUGUACUGUUAACUUUGGGCAUCUAGUUUCUCCUUUUACAUGUCCAAUUAUAUUAAUGUAAUGUAUACAGAUGGUGGUAUCUGGGGACACCAACGAAAGUCACAAUAAUAUGUUACUCAUUUUACACUAAUGAACUCUGCAUUUCCUCCAUGACUUUCAGCUAGCUCAAGGAGCUUUAUGGUAUCGACUUUGCAAUUUUUCUUUUGGCAAAAGCAUGUGUUAACAAACUGGUUUAAGAACGGCAGAAUCAAUUAGAAAGUAAAAAUUAAAACAGUUACAAAACAUUCAGGUAUUUUGUAUUGUUUGUACACACUUUUUGCGCUUUACAUUUGUCAGCUCAGUACUUGUUUAAACUCCUUAACCAAUGAUGGUGGCAAAUUCAGUUUUAAAAUUCUGCAAAAUUAGUAUGAAAUGUUUACAAGUGAAUUAAACUUUUCUCUUUGCGGACGAAUGCGGAUUUAUCCGCUGAAGACCUUGUUUGUAGCGACUGUUUUGCAGAUACAUCUGCAAAAUCAGAGCAAAACCAUAGAAAUGUAUUUUUAUGUAAAAGUUUUAAAGUUGUAUUUAUCAGAGGUAAUUUACAUAAAUAUAAAUAAAAAAUCUUGAAAGACCUGUGUUAUUUUGUGCGUUGGCAACAUUGCAAUCUUAUGUAUUAGAAUGGCCUAUUUUGCCGUAAAACCUUCAAAAAAAUUAUUAAAUAUAAAUGUGAUAUGGAUAGAAGGCAGAUAUCAAUUAAAUUACCCAAUUAUUAUAAAUAUUGUUAAGUCAAUAGUGUAUAUGUCAGUCAGUCGGUAUCAUUUCACCAUAAAGUUUUACUGUCCUAGGCCUACCUAUAUAAUAACCAUAAUUAGUACCAAAUUGGCAAUAUAGAUAAAACAGCUUAUUUACGAAACAGCUCUUUUGUCAUUUAUACAAUAACAGAAAAUGUUCUUGAACACUAUUUGUAACAAUGACACGAUUUUGUUUGUUUAAGCCACUACUAACAAACAAUUAAACCCAAUUUUAAAUCGUAAGAUCUCUUUAGGUAUCUGUAUUUCUCUCUCCUAACCGUUUUAGUUUUUGAACAUUUACAAAUAAAAAAAUUACUUUAGAAAAUGUUUGAGGGCUGUAGAGAAGUAAUUCUUAAUUUAGUUAUUAUAUUAUUAAUUAGCUUUUUGGAUUAUUAUAGUUGUGAGAGUUAAAAAUAAUAAAUUGAUAUAGGAAGAAACCUAACAGAACAUUUUCAUUUUAUAACAACUUCUUAGUGAGUUACACAGAUUUGAAAACAACUUAUUAGAUAACAUAUUACCCAUUCAAAGAACAUUAAGUUUGUCAGAGAGAUAGCCUACAGGUUUUUAACAUAUCACUUCACCUCUAGUUUCAUCCCCACAAAGUGAAAGGAACAGAGAGGAGACCCUGACAUGUUUCACUAGCUGUAUAAAAUUUAAAAUGUACAUAGAAAAAAAUCUGAAAUUUUCUCCAUAAAAUAGGUGUGUGCCUGGCCAUUCCUGAACUCGAAUUGUUCCAACCGAAUAUUCCAGAUUCAGAACUAGUCCAGUGAGAUAGUUACAGAUCCUGGCCUACACGGUUUAUUACCUUGCUGAUUUCAUUCUGGAAUAAUACAGGGUGAAUAAAAAGUCAGAACCCUCCCUUCUAUUUUUUUAGUUUAUAUAAGGAUAUAUCCUUUGGGUAGUGGUGCUACGUGGAAAGGAAGAUUCUGAUAAUUUUGAAAAUGUUUUGUGUCCCGCAAAAUAUGGGGUUUUGAAGGCAGCUAAAGAAUUUCAAAUAUUAACCUCCCUCAAAUUACCCCUCAUUUGAAGAGUAAAAACAAACUUAAACAAUAGUAAAAACCAGAUAUCGUUAUCUCUUUGCCAUGCAAAGUAAUAGCCAGUGUUACCAGAACAAUAUUUUUAAGAUACAAAGUCAAACCAAAUGUUCAAACUGAAGCCCUCCUACUAUUUGGUAAUGAGACAAGCGUAGGAUGAGUUCCUUUCUCGUGUUUUGGGAAGUCUGAAGUGGUAUUUGGUUGCAGGCAUCAUCAAUUCUGUUUCUUAAAUCUUCAACAUUUCCUUCUGGUGUUUUGUAAAUGUUAGUGUAUAGACCAUUACAAUUUUGAUCACCUAUUAUUUUGGAUGUGAAAGAUGUAGCGAUCUCUGGUUUUCACCAUUGUUUAAAUGUGUUUAUGCUCUUCAAAAUGAGGGGUAAUUUGAGAGGGGUUUACAUUUGAAAUUUUUUAGUUUCCCCCAAAUCCUGCAUUUUUGGGGGGUUACAUAAAAUUUUAAAAAUUAUCAAAUAAAACUUCCUUUUUACAUUGCACCACCACCUAAAGGAUAUCACCUUAUAUAAAUUUUAGAAAACAAUAGAGGGGAAUCCUGUCUUUUUAUUUACUCUGUGUAGUACAUACUACUUUCUGGAACACUUUGUUAAUUAUGUUUGAGAUGUGAAAUAUUUUACUACAUAAAUACCUCAAUUGUGUCAAUAAGUGAAUUUAAAACACAAUAUCUCUUCAUAAAUGGUUUUCGUCCAUUAUAGAUAUCUACCUUAAUAUUCAAUACCUCAACAGAAAUUAAUUAAUUAGAUCCCCUACCUAAGUUUUGGACAUUAUUGGUGAUAAAAGUAAACAAUUCAAUUAAAAAUAUUUUAUUUAAAAUACUUUCCAAGUAGAAAGUAAUAUUUUUGAACUAUUGAAAAUUCAUGACUAUUUAAAGUAUCAUAUAGAAUACUAUAUCAAAAACAUGUUAUUACAUGUAGUCUAUAUCAUAACUGGAACAUUUACCAGCCUAAUCAUUAUGUGUAACAGUUCUGGAAUACUGGAAACUUUUUGGUGAUUAGUAAAUCGUUCCAACAGAAUAUGGAGUUCUGAAGAGAGAAACCGUUCAGGAAUAUUCCGGUUCUAGAAUGUUCUGAAGGAACUGUUCCAGUUCUUUAUGCACAUCUCUACAAUAAAAAUAAAAUGCAGGAGUGGUUUUUACAAGUACUUUCAAAAAGUAAAUCAAGGGAUAAGUCUUUGAAGACGUCAGUUAUUAGUCAUAAAUUGUGUUUAAUACUAUCAAUGCAAAUUGUGUAGCUAAAAGAAACUUACCAGUAACUAAACAUGGUCUCUAAAAACAUAUAAGUAAAGUAAAGCACCAGGACCUGGCAAGACGGAAGACUUCCACACUAUAUCAUUGCUGCAGUAGCUUUCUUAAUGCAGGAAAACUUUAAAAAGCAGCAAUUAUCCAUCCAGCUGUAUGUCAAAAAUACAUUUGUACAUUACAUAGAGGUCUGACUGGAUUUAUUAACAGUUAAAGGGUUAAGAGUUGCAUUGUUGACUAAUCUUUAUAUAUUCUAAAACAUUUCUCGAAGUGAAUUUUGUUUUAUGUGUUCAAAGACUAAUUUAGUGAUGCAGAGGGAAUUGUUAUAAUGGGUUUUGCAGUGGAGUAGCCUUAUUGUUUUAUGUUAUUUGCAUAAAAGAAUUGCACUUUGUUUCCAUCACAUUGUUAAUUAAAACUUUAGCUACCAAGCGGCACAGUGUCUAACAGAGGAGUGUCCUUCACAGUUCUACCACUACAACCUCCAGUAGGCAAUGUGUUACUGUAAAACCGGAACUUAAUGAAUUGGUAAGAAAUAAGGUAAAAGUGAAAAGAACACCUAUGAGAUUUGUUCGUUCCUAGAAUACUAUUGUAAAUCUAUUGUUGAAUCUUCAUAAUUUGAAUAGAAGGUGAUAAUUAUACCCACCCUGUUAAUUUUAUCAUUAGUUAUAUGAUAAACUCUAUGGCAGAGGAUCGGUAUUUGAAAAUGUUGAUUGAGUAUUGCCAUUUAGGGUUAUGUGGGUGAUUUCCAUUUUCUGUAGCCAGAUCUGUUAGUUUUCCUACACUACGCUUUAAGUAUUGUAAAAGAUUUGCCAAGAGAAACAGCCUUAAUAAUUGUUUGAAUAAGAUUAGUAAUUAUUUCUAGUUUACGAACGGUUUUAUAGUUUGGUGUGACCAGUGUCAGCACCUAUAGUACUAUCCCUCACUGAUGGCGAUGAACAGAAAACAUCUUUCAAGAUGUAAUAUCUAUCACAAAAAUGAUCACAGUUUCAGAGGUCUGACCACGAGAGCCUGGGAGAGCUUACUAACGUUAUAAAAACUCCUAACCAUAAAUUCCGUGGAAAAAUUUAAGUUUUGAUAACAAAUAACGGAAUCUAACCGCAAUCCUCAAUUAACACUCGAAUAUUAAUUCACUAUUGUUGUUUGUAGUAGGUACGUCAUGGAAAAUGAAAUAAAAAAGAAAAUUAUUGUAUUUAUUUUGUGAUGUUUAAGUAUUGAAGGUCAAAUUAAAAACACCAAUAAUUCUUAAGUCCUAACUAAACAUUUGGAAAAGAUAACAACUGUAAUCCUCAUUUUCGUAAAACUUUUGAUAAUAUUUUUUUUUUAUUUUGUAAAAAACUUUUAGUCCCAAAAAGAAGCAUUAAAAUCAAAUCAAGUAUAUUCAAUCAACUGUGUGUGCCAAAAAUGGUUUAUGUUUUGUUUUAUAACACUUUUAUUGUAAUACUUGUAUUUUUAUUUAAAUUGCUGUAGAAACAAUCCAUAGUAUGUUAUGUAAUGACUGCUGUAAUGUCACUGUUUUAAAUUUGUCACAUUUGGAAAAACAUUCAAUAUCAUUGCAAUUCUGAACAAUUAAAAAUAUGUCUGACUUCAUUUCUGUUUUUACAUUAAGUGGUUGAUCACUAAAUAUUGUACACGUAAGCUUAUUAAUUUAAGAAAUUUGAAAAAGGAAAGCAUCCCACUUGAUUCACAAAUCCUGAAGUGAACGAACCAAGCCUAUCUUUAAAUUUGUUAUUGUUAUUAAUUGUGUAUAUAUUAUUAUAAUGUUUAUUGUAACUGCAUCCACCAAUUGUGAUUUUUUUUAUAUUAACUGUUUGAGUAAUAUUAGUAGUGCUAAAAUUAAUGUCAAUGCAAUUAUAGUGUACAUUUUGUAAUCUCCCUCUGACACUUCACUGAAGGAAACAAGAGUUACAAAAAUUAAAACCCCGGAAGGAAAACUCAUCUUUUUGCAACUUGGUAAGAGAGAGAUAUCUGCUCUACCAAACUUUCACUAUUUUUCAUUCCUAAUAAUCAAACUAUAAUAACAAGAGAACAGAAUAACACAAACACAUAAACACAAUCUGUAUUUUGUGUUCUUUACACAUAAACAGAAUAGUUAUCAUUACUCAACACUGAUUCUUAUGUUUUUGGUAUUCUUCACAAUCUAGUUUCUAAUUUAAGUGGAGCAUACAUACAAAACUGUACAGCUAAGAUAGUAUAAUAGUAAAUAAUUUUGUUCCUUUUCUGUAAAUAAUGUGUUUUAUUAUUUAUUUUAGUUUAAUCAAGCUUUGUAGCUUAGUGAUAGUGGUAGACAACGAAUACGGCUGUUAUCUGUUACUAAAGCAUAUGUUAAUAUUUUACGUUUUAUUAGUUGACUUGAUUUUUUUUAAUCAUGGUAUUAUUUUGGUAUUGUAAUAGUAGCUAUGAAUUUUGUUUAUUUUAUAGAAAUCAGCCAGUAGCUCCUGUUUCAUUAAUUUUUCAAUUCAGUUAGAAUGUUACACACUCUGGUAUUUUAGUUUCACUAUUGCAUACUUCUAUUAUCCAAUGUCUUGCAUAUAAUUUUAGUCUGAUAAUAUUAGACCUAGUGUAUUACAAUGGGAUAAAAUGAGGUAUAUUUUUAAAUUACUGUGGUGCUUCAAUCAUGUCAAACUUUUUGAAUUCUUUUAGUAGGUUGUAAAUCAUGACAUUUGAAGGACUAAAGAAGGUGUUCUUUAGUUGCAAAUGUUUAAAUUUAAUACUGAUCAUUUGAUUUUGCUGUUAAACUAGAAACAACACUUCCAACAAACUAGCAUUUUAAAACCCCCUUUUGGCUAUAGACACUAAUAAAGAUAUUUUUAUACCAAUGACUUCAUAUUUUGUAAAGUAGUUCUAUUAAUUAUUAGUAGUAUGUGUGUAGCUAAUUUAAAUAAUUUAUUUUAACAAUUUUAUUGUAUCAUUCAACUGAACAUAUUUAAGGUGUAAUAUUUGACCAAAGAUUUUGCAGGGAAAAUAUGUGUUGAAUAUCAUUUCCCCAAGGUGAUUCAUUGAUUUAUAAAGCCUUAAAUUCAGCAAUAGCCUUAGGAUUUUCCUGAAAAUUACUCCAAAAGUGAAAUAAUUCCUAAUUGUUUUAUGGUGUAUUACUAACUGAAUUGAAUUGAUCCACAAGCACGUAUAAAAAACCAGUUGUAUGAUAGAUGUGGUAAAUAAAUUAAAAGUUCAAAUAUUUUUGAAUAAGAAGAUUCUAAGAUAAAUUUGGUACUUGAAUUAAAAGUAGAUGUUUGUGUCCUCUAUAUUUGCCACAUUGUUACCAUGAAACAAAAUUAUUGGAAUUGACAAUUUGUAAUAAAACAACAAAAAAAUUGCAUUUUAUCAUUUUGAUGUAAAAUAUAUUUAGUGCAGUAAAAAUUUUUGAAACAUUAAUAAACUUUAUAAAAUUGUUAUAACUCUUGUAUUAUAUUAUAGAAAAUUGUUGUGUAUAAUUUUCUGUGAUUACUAAAAUGAAAUAAAGUAUUUACAACAUAGCUUCCAUCUCGGAUGUUACCUAGCUGCAUAGGAUGAACCAAAGACUGUCUGUCUGUAGAGUAGACUUGUGAUAUUGUAAAGAGAGCUAAGCUCUUAUUGGUUCUUUCUGUUCUGACAUAUUGUACAAUCAAAUAUAUUUCCAAGUACUUUC